AUACAGAGUCGUAUACAAGGAGGGUUUACCGAGUUGCGUCUACACUGAUCCGAAUCGUUGGCGUGCAAUAGUUCAUUGGUUGAUAAUAGACUGACUGCAAUAGUUCAUAGCUGCCAUAAUGUUGGGCAGCACAACCACACUGGUAAUUUUCACACUAACGAUGACGUUCCAAGCAAAUUCAGAGAACGCUUUGGAUUUUUGUGAAAGAUCUGAAAGUUGCCUUCAUCAACAAUAUCAUAGUCUCUCUUCGAGCAACCGAACUCAUUUCCCUCUGAGUUUAUCAUGCCGCAAGCUGAUCGAUGCCCUCCCCCUUGAUGAGAUUGAUGGCAACUUUGUUCGCACAGUGAAAAGAUGUAUAUUUUCAAAGUCACAGCCUACAAAACUCUUGGGCCCCCUUACAUUAGCUGCAGUAUCAAGGGAUGUGUUGGAACAUAUAUUGGAUUUACAUCUUUCCGUAACGCAGUCUGAAGACUUUGUCCAUUACAUGAGUGGCGGUAAACUGUUGCCUGGGUCUGUCCCUCUUGCCCACAGAUACGGAGGCCAUCAGUUUGGCUACUGGGCUGGACAGUUAGGAGAUGGCCGUGCACAUUUACUUGGUGCAUAUGUGAACAAAAAAGGGGAGAGAUGGGAACUUCAGCUAAAAGGUUCUGGAAAGACUCCUUACUCAAGAUCAGGAGAUGGACGAGCUGUGAUACGAUCCUCUGUCAGGGAGUUUCUGUGUAGUGAGGCAAUGCACUUCCUUGGUAUUCCCACUAGCCGAGCCCUCAGCCUAAUAGUAAGUGAGGAGCCUGUUUGGAGGGACCAGUUUUAUAAUGGAAACAUGAAAAAAGAAAGAGGUGCAGUUGUCCUUCGACUGGCAGAAUCAUGGUUCCGUAUCGGAUCGCUGGAGAUUUUGGCCAAAACAGGAGAGGAAGACUUGCUGAGGCAGUUGUUGGACUUCAUAAUUGAGGAACAUUUUGCAUUCAUAAGAACAGAUGACCCAAACAAGUAUGUGGUUUUCUUCUCUGUUGUGGUAAAUGAAACCGCUCACUUGCUAGCACAGUGGAUGUCUGUAGGGUUUGCACAUGGGGUUUGCAACACAGACAAUUUUAGCCUUCUGUCUGUCACCAUUGAUUAUGGGCCAUUUGGAUUUAUGGAGUCAUACAACCCAAAUUUUGUGCCCAACAUGUCUGAUGACGAGGGGAGAUACAGCAUAGGAGCACAGGCUAAUGUUGGCCUUUUCAAUCUUGAGAAGCUUUUUGAAGCUCUCAUUCCAUUGCUGACGUCAGAUCAGCUGCACCGAGCGCAACAAGUACUGAAACAUUACCCACAAAUAUACCACAGAAGAUUUCACGAUCUAUUUAAGGCAAAAUUGGGUUUGCUUGGGGAUGAAAAGAAUGAUUCUUAUCUAAUUGCAUUCCUUUUGAAGCUGAUGGAGGACACUGGAUCUGACUUUACCAUGACCUUCAGACAGCUCAGUGAAGUGAGUGUCAUGCAACUGCAAAAAGGGACCAUCCCACAGGCGAUGUGGGCUCUUCAGGACCUUGCCUCCCAUGUCUUUUUCUCAGACUGGGUCAACUUAUACCUGCUGAGACUCAGAAGGCAGAUGGGUGAUUCAGAUGAAGAUCGGUGGUCCAGAAUGAGAAAGGUUAAUCCGAGGUAUAUUUUGAGGAACUGGAUGGCAGAGUCUGCAAUCAGAAAAGCGGAGAAAAAUGAUUUCUCAGAGGUGGAACUGCUCCAGCAGAUUCUAACACACCCAUUUAAGGAGCAGGAUGUGGCAGAGAAAGCUGGGUAUGCCAACCGCCCCCCACCAUGGGCAGCGCAGCUGAUGGUCAGCUGCUCCUCUUGACAGAUUCCUCUUCAACUAGUAUAUGACUGGAUCUUUAUAAUAGGUUUAGAUUUAACUGAGAUCUUUGAAAGGAUUUCAGAAAUUGUACACUGUCAGAUUUUGUUCCCAUUUCUCAGGGUUGUUAUGCUCUGUUGCAAUGGCAGUUCUGAACCCUUUGAUGAACUGGAAUAAACAUCAUUUAUUCAGCCAGAGAGUAAAUAGCAAAG